AUGAAUAAUACGAACAAUAGUGAUGUGAAAGAAACAUCUCGAUCAUCAUCGAAUCUGAAAUGCUUUGCCUUUUCAAUUCCAAAUCAAACUAUUGUUAGUGUGAUGUUUUCUUUCUUUUUAUGUAUCGUAACGAUAAUUGGCAUUGUAAUCGUUUGUCAUACUAUACCAAAACGUCUGAUACCGACAUGCGGGUUAAAUUUUGCACGAAUAGCUACAAAUCCAAUCGAAUACAAUUACGGUCCACAAUCUGUUGUUAUUGGUGAUCUUAAUGAAGAUAGUUGGAUUGAUAUUAUUAUUGCUAAUUCAUUCGUUCAUCUUAUUGUUAUAUCUUUCGGAUCUGUGAAUGGAAUGUUCUCCAAACAAAGUCAAUACUCAACUGGUGUCAAUUCAAAUCCAAUGAUGGUUGCUGUGAAUGAUCUUAUAAUAAUGAUUUAA